AUGAACGCCAGCGUUAAUGUCGAGAGGAAUUCCUGGCGGCUGCCUCCCGACGAGACCGUCCAGGUUGCCGAUCCUCGGACCAAGGAAGAGAUAAAAGAGGAUUCAUACGGCGACAGCGGACACAACUGGAAGAGUAUUAUAUUUGCAUUACUAGUUAUUGGAUUCGUAAUAGCCGGAAUCGUCACGGCAAUUUAUCUUCUAGGAUACGUAGACGAGCUAUUGUAUUGGAGCGGUAGACGUCUCACACUAGAAGAGUGCCUUCAAGAGGACCUAUCACCUCGUCGGUUGCCACCCGCCUGGGUAACUCAUGAUAAAUUCGUUUACCAAGCUGACGAUGGUUCAUUAGCGCUUCUCGAUACUUCCAACAAUUCCGUCUCGCUACUAGUCUCCAAUCACACUCUCAGACAGCUCAACGUUCAAGGCUUCCAGUGCAGCAGUAAUCUACGGUACGUGCUUUUUAAGCACGAUGUUAAACCAAUGUUAAAUGUCCGCUUGUCCCAAUUUUUAAAAAAUAACACUUUAAUCCCCCAGGUAUUCAAGCACACGUUCACCGCGCUCUACACAGUCUACGACGUCACUAACGACCACCAUACUCCCCUACGUCUUCACGCCUCGCCGCGGGUCCAGCCAACUAGACUGCAGUACACCGCCUGGUUGGGUAACAGCACAUCGCUAUUGAUGAUAUCCGAUAACAAUAUAUUCUUAAGAAUGUCGCCGUCGGCGCCAGAAGACAAGCGACUGACUGACACUGGAGUGCCUGGUAUUAUUUACAAUGGAGUCCCAGACUGGCUUUAUCAGGAGGAAGUGCUUCCCAAACCUGAGGCACUCUGGCCUAGUCCUGACGGCAGUCUGCUCCUCUACGCUUCUUUCAAUGACACCAAAGUCACGUCUCUGGAGUUUCCGUGGUUCGGGAAUCAAAUGGGUCAGGAUGGUGCUAGCUCGAGUCCAGCGGGUAUUGUUAAGAAGGGAUCCUUUCCACCAUCAAAAUCCGUGAGAUAUCCGACGCCCGGCUCACCGAAUCCCGAAGUCUGUUUGUGGAUUCACGAUCUCACCAACAUUACCGCCGAUACAACUAAUGAAACUUUAAUUACUUCUUUAGACAGGAUAAUGCUCAAACCACCGACAACUCUCGAUGGCCACAUAGUGUGGAUGACACGCUCUCAAAAUUUAUCGGUGGUAUCAGCGUACCGGGCGCCGAAGUGGGAAUGCGAGGAGAGACACUCGGAGCGUGCUCCAGAAGGGCAGUGGCUUGACGCACAACCGCAUCCAGUGUUUGCGUCAGACGGGAGCAGCUUUUUGCUGCUGGCCGCUGUGCAGGAGGGUAACCAGGAGCACUUUACUCAUAUCAAACAUGUCGAGCUUACACAACAGCGAGUCGCGGUGUUGUCACACGGCCGAUAUGAAGUCAGUGAAAUAUUGGCCUGGGACAGUCGCGCCCAUUUGGUUUAUUACCUCGGCACACGUGAGCGGAAACCAGGGCAGAAACAUUUGUAUGUGGUCAGAGACCCCACGACCGACGACCCGCGACGGCUCGAGCCCCUCUGCAUCACCUGCGAUCUCGGAGACGUCCUCUGGAGCAGUCGAUUCUAUUAUACCAAUUGUACACAUUUCGGUGCUUCGGUUAGCCCUUCAACAGAAACUAGACAAGGGUAUUAUGUGCUCCAUUGUGAAGGCCCGGGAUUACCUCUUGCUGGAGUUCAUUCAGUGACAAACCACAAAAUGGUGCCGCUGCCCCAAGGAUGGAGAGCCCAAGUCCAGUUGCAGCUACCGCCGUCCUGGCGAGAAGAGCUCCGCGACGCGGCUUUUCCAGUCCUGGUGGAAGUUAAUGGUCGACCUGGGAGCGAAGCAGUAACGGACAAGUUCCAAAUCGACUGGGGAACCUACAUGUCCAGCCACAAUGACGUGGUCUACAUACGGCUGGACGUUCGCGGUGCGCGGGGCCAAGGAAAAAAGGCCCUGUACCACCGAAUCGGGGGCGUUGAGGUCCAGGACCAGCUGACCGUGCUCCAGUACCUUCUCAAUACUUACCAAUACCUAGACGAGUCCCGGGUCGGCGUCUGGGGCUGGGGGUACGGAGGAUAUGUCACUGCGAUGGUCCUCGGCAGCCAGCAGAAUGUCUUCAAAUGCGGCAUUGCGGUCAAUCCCAUCGCCGAUUGGUUGUAUUACAAUUCAGCGUUCACGGAACGGGUCUUGGGCGCCCCAAUCGAAAAUUACAAGGGAUAUGUCGAGGCGGAUUUGACUCAGCGCGCAAGAUUAGUACCGAGUCACAGCCUCUACCUUGUUCACGGUCUAGCUGACCUAACAGCGCCUUAUACACACGGUAUAGCCUUCGCUAAAGCUCUGUCUGAAGCCGGUGUUAUCUUUAGGUAUCAGAGCUAUGCGGAUGAGGAUCACGCUUUAACGGGCGUGAUCGAGCACGCUUAUCGAUCCAUGGAGGACUUCUUCACAGAGUUUUACACAAUAGUUAGGGUGCCGGAC